GCAAGCGGCAGCCCGAGAGAGCAGAGCAGAGCACACAAGCAGCAGAAGCGAGAGAAGCCACCUUGGGAGAGGAAAAGAAAUUAAAGGAGCCGAGAGCACGAAAGGCAUCCAUCCCAUUCACCAUCGAAAAGAAAAAGCACGCGCGUCAUCGCAAACGAAAACGUGUUGGCUAGAUAGCCAGCGAAUUGCCGGAAAAUUACAUAAAAUUGGAAUAGAAAAAGAAGUACAACUGAACCAUGGCCAGUGGGAGUCCGAAUGACCUAAACGUGACAGUAGAUGUGGUUCUGCCCACACUCUUGGUGGUGGCCAUGCUCGUGAUAAACGGCUUUGUGUUCCACUUCAUCAUGCGAAAACGUCGCCAGUGGAAGGAAACGUUGGGCGCUGUGGAAUCGGGCUCUCCCGACAUUGAGAUGGAGCACCUGUAGAGCCUGUAGAGCAUCGAUCUGGAGCUAGCCCGUUUGUGAGAACAAAUUCGCCUUAGCCGUUGGGUUAACUAAGAUACUCAGCAUCGUCCAAGCUCAACUGCAAACGCAAUGCCUGUCCUGCCCUGCCGCCCAUCCAUCAACCCCACAGCUAAAGUGCUAAACAGAUCAAUAGGCAAAUGGGUGUCGUCUCGUCUCGCGGGAAUGCCACUCAAAUCUUGCCUAUACUAUAGAUAGCACAUACUAUACAGAGUGUAUACGCCGAGUACCUUUAGAUAAUUCACGUGCAUUUAAUUACGGUUUCUACGUUUGUAAGCGCUCAUCUUAUUUCUCGCCAUUAAAUUUUCUACAAAAUAUACAACAACAAUAAAAAAUGUG